AAGUGAGUUGGUUCAACAAAUCCACUUUUGCAGACACAACAAGCACUUCAGCAUCUAAACUUCUGGUGAUGAACAAGCUCAAGGAGUGGGCCUCUAGUGCUGUGCCGAAGCAUUCGGAUGACUCCAGUGGUGAAGAUCGUAACCCGAGCGAUGAGACAAUAAGGAAAACCGAAAGACCUCGUGGUCACGCACAUGACUGUGGUAGGCGUGACGACGCUCAACAUGGCCACCGUCAAAGUGGCGACGAUCAAAUGGGACGCGAUCGGCGCAUGGGUGACAGAGACAGCGAUCAUGGGCGUGACAGAGGACGUCAACCUAUGCAUUCCCAAAGUGAUGAGAAAGGGGGUGGAGAUCGGCAUGGCGGCCAUCACAUGGGUGCCGAUGAGUUUGGCAGUGAACAGCAGCAUGGAGGCCGUGAAACUGGUACUCAUCCUUCUGGCGGUGGGCAAUUUGGUGAACGAUCACAUAGCACCCAGGAAGGUAGGAUGGGCAGGGAUGAAGGCGGCGACAGAAAGUUUGACAUGAGUGGUAGCCAGAUGGCCGGCAAUCAAUUCCCAUGA